CUGCAGCAGCGCGUCCUCGCCCGGCCUGCUAUGAUCCUCAGUGAGACGAAUGCCACCCCGAGCAACCCCGAGCGUAGCCGAACACCCGCCGUCCCACAGUCGUCAGGGCGGCCGCAGGAAUUUACAACCCAGCCUGAGCCAUCGUUUAUACUGUUAAAAAUAUGGCCGACGAACGACACUUAACAGUUUAGUUAGUUGUUAGUUAUGUGGUGAAACUCCUGCUAGGGAGGAUAUUAGUGUGUUUUGUGCCAAGUGGCUCAGGGUUCUUCUAUAAACUCCCUCGCCCUAUGUCACACCAACCGCCGCACUACCCCUUCCAACGGCACCCGCAGUUCUCCCAGCCAAUCCCAGCAGCCACGGCGCCAUCCAAUAUGGCGACCCAACGUUUCUGCCUCAGAUGGAACAAUCAUCAGAGCAAUUUACUGUCGGUAUUCGAUCAAUUGUUGCACGAACAGAGUUUCGUAGAUGUCACGCUGGCCGUCGACGGGCAACUGUUAAAAGCUCACAAAAUGGUGUUGAGCGCUUGCAGCCCUUAUUUCCAGAAUCUCUUCAUCAACCAUCCGGAUCGACAUCCCAUCGUGAUUUUGAAGGAUGUAUCGUAUAGCGAUAUGAAGAGUUUAUUGGAUUUUAUGUAUAGGGGUGAAGUUAGCGUUGAUCAGGAUCGGUUGACGCAUUUUUUGCGGGUCGCUGAGAGUUUGAGGAUUAAAGGUUUGACUGAGGUAAAUGAAGAGAAAUGCGAUAACAUAGCAAACUCCUUAAGCCAACAACAAAACCACCGGGAUUCCGUACCAAAUUUACAGAGGAUCCAACAGAACAAAAGAUUGGCCUCACAGAACGCUGCGCCCUCAAUGGCGGGCGCGUUCAACAUGCUGGGGAGCUACCUGAUGCAACCGAAGAGAAAGAGAGGUAGUCGUCCGAGACGUCUUUCGGGUACGUCGAACCCGGACGAGUCGGAGCAGCAGCAGCAGCAACAACAGCAGCAGCAGCAGCAGCGUGACUCCUUGGUCCGAGGUAGUCCGGAAAUGCUCGAAGUGAAGAUGGGUAUGGACAACUUCGCGGGUAAUCAAUCAGAUGGCAGUACCAGCAAAGAGGAAGAAGAACCCGGAUCCACGGAGAGUAAGGUUAAAGAGGAGGGUGAGAGCGAGAGCGAAAACGGUGGUGCGGGCACGUCGAGGGUACCGGGGGACGGUGGAGGAGAGCGGAGGAGUUCGGAGGAGGGCAAUAUGCAAAUUGAUAUUUCAACAAUGACGCACUCACAACUCCUCACCCCAAAAGUGGAGGUGACCGAGGACGAACUCACCAGCGCCACCCCCACUCCAGAAUCUAGCCGGAUCGGUACUCCCGAAUCCGUACUACAUAACAACAACAACUCCCUCACCACACCGUCGACGUCAUCAGAGGCGCUCGGCGCGCCCUCUGCCCCCAAAAACUCGAAACAACGCCGAGUGAGGAGGCGAGUCUCCUCGAUGGGCAACGAUCCGGCCGAGCAGCUGACCGAAAUGUCCGUGAGGGGGCUGAAUUUGUUUCGUUACGCGUCGAUAAACGAGGGAAUCUACCAGUGUACCGAGUGUGCCAAAAUGGACAUCACGAAAACGUUUAAGAAUAAAUACAGUUUUCAACGGCACGCGUUCUUGUACCACGAGGGGCAACAACGGAAGGUGUUUCCGUGUCCGGUGUGCGCCAAAGAGUUCUCGCGCCCCGACAAGAUGAAGAACCACAUGAAAACGGUCCAUGAUUGUUUUAUGCCCAAGGAUGUCGUGAACGAUGUUAUUUUUCCGAGUCCGCCCAUGGGGUUUUUCCCUACAAUGUAACUUUUUAAGUUGUUAUGGUUUUCUGUAAUAUGGAAAGUGUAUGGAAUGUCCUUUUACUAAAAAUGUCAUAGGUUGCAUAGAAGUUGCUGUUUUAGCCAAAUAAUGCGCUUUUCGUAAAUUUCAAACAGUUUAUAAAUUGGGUAAAGUUAUAGAUCUUUUCUAAUAAUUUUUGAAUAUUCAGAGAAACCGUACUGUAGUUAAAAUUUUUGUAACUUUUUAUCGGUUAUACAAACUUAAUUCUAUAUAUUGUGUUGAUCACAUCCUACCGACUGCGCCAAAAAUCCGAUAUUCAAAUGUAAAUUUGAGGACUAAUAAAAUUGGAAAUUAAUGGUUAAGAAUCAUCAAAAAUUUCAGCUUGAAGCUUAAUUCUGUUUUGUAUCGACAAAAUUGGGAGAAUCUUUAAAAGGAAAAGAAAAAUUAAGUAUUUAUGGUUUGGUUUAGUUUAAGCCUUUGGUCAUUAAAUGCGAUGUGUAUUCAAUGUUUUCAGAUUUGGUCGGCGAGACAAGGAAAUUGUAUUUUUUUUUAUUUCUUUAUUUAAAAAAUCGUUAUUAUUUUGUAACAAUCUAUUUUUGUUAAAUAUUCAUCUUGAUAAGAAGAAAUGCAAAUGAAUGACGUAUACGAAAUAAAUUUUGAAAUAAGCACAAAUCGUCAUUAACAUAAUUUUUGAACAAUUUAGCAAAAUUUAUUUUUAAAAUCUUAUUGAAAUUAUUUUUGGGAAAAGAUCAGCAAAACAGUCUUUAUAAAUUAUUCAUUUUAAUUUUUUUUUCGGAAUUUUACUUUGUGACCUUUUUUGAGUUUUUGUUGAUUAUGCUGUUGAUUAUUUGAGAAAAAGCACAGAAAUUCUAAUAAUAUAAGUUACAGUUUCAAACUAAUCAAUUACAUUUUCAAACCUUAUUUCCUGAAAAUUGCUAAGGAAAUUAUAAACAAAAUUUAAUUAUUAUAACUAAUAAUAAUUUUAACUAAAAAGAUUAUAACUAAUUUUGUCAAGUGCAGCCAAAUAACUUAAUUUUGCAUAUUUUUUUAAAAUUUUUUAAUUUAUUUUUUGUUAAUAUAUUUUUUAUCAAUUAGGAAUAACUAAAAUUACGAAUAUAAUUUAAUAAAUUUUGAAUGAAUCACUGGUAUCUCAACAUUAUUUAUUAAAAUUAAUUACUGUAAAUUGGAGUUACUUUGGCAGGUUUGGACCUGUUUGUAAGACUCUAGACUUGUGAACAAACAUACAUUAUUGAAAAGACAAAAGAAAACAAAGAAAUAUAGCAUCGAAUCCAAUCCACGCUCUUGAGAAUCUUACCAUUUUUAAAGCAAAUUGCACAAUAAUCGUUUUUAGUUCUAGUUCUUUUCCUUUUGUCUGUUGCCCGAAUGCUUUGCUAGAAGCUUUGUUAAGUGUUAUCAGUAGAAGAUCGUCAUUAUCUUCUUCUCUGAUACUUAUAAUCAUCUUUUCAAUUCCUGAGGAAGCAGCCAUUGGCUCUGCUAAGUUCUUUUCCAGGUUCUACUUUCUUGCUACGUCUUCUAAAAUGUUUUUCUUUAUUAGAAAUGCGUAAGUCCCGAAGGUUAUCAUUUGACGUAUUGUUUCUUGGUGUUUUUCGGGAUUUUCUGGAAAAGACCUUGGAAUCCUUUUCAAAACUUCUGAAGGGUCAUAAGUACAAAGCCCUGUAGCUCUAAAACCUGAUUUAAGUAUGCUUGAUUAAUGCAACAUUUAGCGGUUGCAUUAUACUUGCAUUUGGGGGUAAAGGUUCAUGUAAAUGUUGUUCUGCUCGCAUGCCUAAUUUACUAAAGGAGAUAAAUGAGAGGCUAAGUUAUCUGCGAUUACAACUUUCUUCUCAGGAGUGUUCAUCUUUAAUUUUACGCAGCAAACUACCGUCCCGGGUGGACCUGCUUAAGUUCAAUUGGUGUACAAAUUUCCGGCAAAGGUUCAUCUGCGGCGAUACCGCAUAUCAUGAUGCUAACCGAUGUUUUCGAAUGUUGCUGGAUCUGUUCGAAGAGUUUUGUUUACCUGGGGACCACCACCUUCUUACCUCCAAGAUCAUCCUGAACGUUGGUUUCUUUAUAGUUAAAGGCUAGCCUAGGAUCUGCAUCGAUUAAAACCUCUUUAAUGUUCUCAAAGAACUCAAUAAUAGCUUUUGGCUCUACCGCUGCAAGUGUUUUUCGUUGCAUGUUUCAUAUUCGCUGCAUGUUUCAUAUUCGUUUCAUAUUCGCGGCUAAACGAAUACCAAGGUUGUUUCCGGUGAAGUGUUCCAGAAAAUCCCUACCUGGAACAUUGCCCUUAAAAUAUUUCACAACAGGUCCUUCUUUUUCUAAAUAUUUAUGCAAAAAAAAAUGAUGUAUUUAUUUUAAAUUUUUUGCUUGCCUUUUCUUGCGACAUACCUCCCCUAAUGGGGGCACGAGCCUUUUGGAAACCGUCUGUUAAAUAAUUAUUUUUUUUUAUAAUGUCUCUGCAUUGUUAUCUAAUUUAUACUUCAAAAAUAAUCAGAGUCAGAAAAAAACGAAAUUAAAAAGUAAGGAGAUUUUAAAAUACAUGUACAGAUGUUGGUAUACCAACCCAACAAAAUAAGUCAAAGUAGUUUUAGGGUGCCAAAGUAUACAUGUACAGAUACAUGUAUACCAACCCAACAAAAUUAGUCAAAGUAGUUUUAGGGUGCCAAAGUAAUUCCAAUUUACAGUAUUUAUAGUUUAUAUUUGUAUUAUAAACUAGGCUGAUCAAUGGCGCACACAAUUUGUGCAGCUAAUGCAAAUUUAAUUUCUUAUAAAUUGAAAGGACUAAGGAAAAUAUAAACACAACAAAAUUGAAAACAAUCUUUAUAAUAAAAUUUAAAGCCAAGCUAUUGAUCAAAUUAUUAAGUUUAGCCAAUAAUUAAUUUAUGCCAGUUUUGAUCCCUUAAAACAUUGUAAUUAAUUUUUAUUAAACGAUUAUUGUUGUUCACCCAUAUGGAUAACAGCCCACUAUAUUUUCCAUCAAUGACAUCGUACAGGCAUGUGGGUGCCAUUUCGUUACUUUAAAAAAUAUUUUUCCAUUCGUUUAUAUCGAUUACAUCUACUUGAUUCACUAUGUGGUAUUGUAAUGAUCCGAUCCUACCGACUGCGCCAAUAUCUAAUAUAUUAGGGCAUUCAAAUAAAAUCCAAUUGGGGACAAUUAAAAUAAAAUGUUAGGGUGUAAAAAUAAACGUUAAUUAAUAUAUUUUAAUGAGUGUUCAAUUUUGAAUUAAAACUAAACAGUUGUGUCUUAAUACAAGGUCCAAAAUGCGCAAAAUGAUCUCUCACAUUUUAACCUUGAAUAAAAGUGUUGAAUUUAUCUUUUAUUUUUAUUAACUGAAAACGUAUGCUAUGCUAUUUGUUUUUAUUAAGUUUUGAAAAUUUCAAAUGAGAGUCCAAGUGGCGACAAGUUUUUUCGAUAAAUAUUCGAAGCUGAUUUUUGAAAAUUUCCAUCACUCGAGCAGUAAUUUGAGACGAUAUUCCUGUAAUUUCUUGAUGUAUUGCUACUUUCAACUUGUGAAUUGAAAAACCUUGGCAUUCAGGUAUCCUCAACGGAAAAAGUCACAUUGGGCAAGAUCGGGUGAACGCGCAGGCCACCUAGCGUCUCCACGUGACGAGAUUCCGUGUCCUGGAAACAUUUUCCUUAAAACGUCUAUUGUCCUUCUUACCGUAUGAGCUGUAGCUCCAUCCUGUUGGAACCGCAUAUCAAGUAUGCAAUCCGGAUGUUCAAGUUGUCUUAGUUUUGGUUUCAAAAAAUUGCGUAUCAUGUCGAGAUAACAAUCGGCAGUUACGGUAAUCGCUAAAAGACCCAACAGCACAUCAAAGGUAACACGUUGACUGUGAAAUCGCCUUUCAUGGACUUGCCGCGGAUUUUCUGUUUUCCAAUAGCGAAAAUUCUGCUUGUUCACACUGCCAGACAAAUAGAAAAGAGCUUAGUUACUCGUUAUUAAAAAAGCAUUUUGUAAAACGCUUUGAAGAAUAUCGUUGGAGUAUGCUCUGCUAUUUUCUCAGUCCCGUUCACUAAGUUCUUGCACGAUCAUCAUUUUGUAUAGGUGGAAAUUUAGAUCGACGUGUAAAAUUCUUCUCACAGAACGAUCUGAUGAACGCAAAGCAGAGGCAUGUUUCAAAGCUGAACGGCUCGGAAAUCGUUCAACCGAACACUUCUGGGUCUACCAGUUGAUUUUCUUUUUAAGUCUAAACAUGUAGCUCUAAAAUUUAAAACCCACAACAGUAUUAUAUUAAGAUCUAGAACUGGAGUAUGUCUACCAAGUGCGAAGUGAGUACGAAAAGUUCUUCGAGUAGUAAUCACAGAUUUGUUACUUUUGAUAAAUGUUUGGAUAACGAAGGUGUGAUCCUCAGUAAUUCGGGCAUAGUGGCAAUGCAAAAUGUGGGAGAUCAUUUUGUACCCUGGAUAUAAUUUUUUUUUUAUUACACAUGUAAAUUUAUUGUUUCAUAUUUAUAUGGUAUCUAAAAUGUUCAUAAAUUUAAUUGGGUAAUUCUGGUAUUCUGGGCUCAUUUUAAAAUUGAAAGACAGAGACCGGUGGCGUACAAAAUUUUUACACUUGAUAAUAUUAGAUAAUACCUGAAAAUAAACUUCAUUUUACUAUUAUAUUCCAGCGAAAAACUACUGACUCAUACCCCUUUUUCAACACAAAUAUUUUCCUAAAACAGCAAUUUUUAGCAAAAAAGCACUUCCAUGAAUCACAUAAUUUAUGCGUACAAAUUAGGGUAGCUCUAAAAAAGAGCCCUUACGCCAGUGGCGUAUCAAAUAAAAAAUUUGGUGCUAAAACACACAAAUUUAAAAACCUUUAAAAGGUUUUAAAAAUCUAGGUUUAGGGGUAAACAAAGUUCUGCCAGGCAGAAAAAAAUAUUUUUAAUUUUUAUUAUUUUUUUUUGUAUUAUAGUUUAUUAUUAAUAUUUUUUUUGUAGUAUAUUGUUUAUAUUAUAUAAAAUGCUGAGUGACAGUUGACAAUAAAUAUAUGGGGCCGCUGAUAACAGAUACACAAGUAAUUAUUAUAAAAUACGAUUAAGUUUUUAAAUUUCUACUUUUUCGGGUGUCGGGAAAUAUCUUCCCUAUCUUUUUUUUGUAUUUAAUAAUUAUAAUUGUAAUAAUAAUGUUAUUUAUUUUUUAUUAAUUUGCUUUAAGCUUUGUUUUUCUCUGUUAUUUUUUUUUUUAGAAUUUAAGAAAACUUUUCUUCUUGUUUUUUUUCUAAUCUUUUUUUUAUGGGUUUUUCUGUUCUUGAAAAGGCAUUUUUUUAACUUUUGACGCACAAAAUUAGGCCUUAUUUGGAAAUAAAAAACAUUAAAAUCUUUUUAAAGGGAUCACAUUAUUUUGAGAGCCAAUUGUGAUUUCUUUGACUCGAUUUUGAAACUAUCCUCUUAAAACUUAAACCUGGUGGCCUACGAUAAUAAACUUUUAAAUUUUGACGUGCCUUAAAAGCGAACCCUAAUGUGAUCUUUAAUUAUUUGUGCAAAUUUUGUACAAAGAAAUAUAUAAAUAUUAUACACAAUAUAUUUUUAAGAUAUCUAAUAUCUACGCAAUAGAUAAGUCUUGUGAUAAGUUUCUGUUCUUCUGUUAGCCACGUUGGCCAGUUUUUAUCAAAGUUCUUCCACUAGGGGGCGCCGGAUGACAGAAGCCUUAAGUGUGGUUUACCCUCUUAAUGGAUUUUCAUGAAUAUGUCGCCGGGGUCUCAAUCUUAAAUCAAAUAAGUAUAAGUGGUAUCUUAAGUGCAAUUAACCUAGAAUUUUGUAUUUUACUAACUAUUAGGUGUUUUGAGGUUAAAAAUCGUAUAAUUACUGUUAAUUUUUGUUUUGAGAGAGUACUUUUGGGUUAGUGUACCCUCUAAAAAAUGGUUUUUUAGAAUUUUAUAUGAUUUUUUUUUGGGACGAUUUAAUGUUUUAAAGGGGUAAACCUCGUGAUGAUCACAUUUUUUUCACAUUAAUUAUUAUUUAGGCUUAAAAGAAGUAAAACUAAAUGCUUUAAAUAUUUGUUAACAUAUAAUAUAACGCGAUAUAUACAUAUUAGUUAUAUAAGGGUGUUCGGACCCGGUUCGAACGUCCUUAUUAGGUGCAAAGUUGUAUUAUACAUAUAUUAUAUUUUGUAGUUUUUUUGAAGGUUUUUAGAGUUAUAUUUUUAGGUUUUUAAUAUGAGAGUUGAUUGUUUAAUUUUUAUUUGUAAUAUUUUUCUUCUUUAUUAAUAAAAUAAUCUACCUCUUACGAGA